GUGCUAAUGGAGGAAGAAGAGUUAACUAAUGUUACAACUUUAGUCCAUGUUAUUUCAAAUUAGUCCACGAUCUUAGUGAACACGUUAACUAUCCCCAAGUAUAUAGCUAGAGGUUGUCAUAUGGAAGCACACCGAAAUCUUCGCCAUGGACCGUAGUAAUUAUUCCUUCAUAAACGCGCAUGCACUAAAUCAAAAACACCACACCAAUGGAAACCGUCAAUAGGCGUAACUUAAUAUUAAGGAACCCCUAUAUUAAGUUAUGCCCCGGACUUGUGGUCUGCAGAUAUACCCUCCUCAACAUGUAGGUGUCUUCUGAACAAUUUGAAAGUGGUUAAAAAGCUGUUGUAUACAUAACUUUGAGGCAUGUCAUUUAUUUACGGUCCCUAACCAUCAGCAGAUCGCUGUAUUCGUCGUUCGAUAUACCGGGUUGUUAGUUUCGCUGAGGCCGGGAAAACAGGACCAGAAAUCGGGGUUAGAAUAUCUGUUGAAUGCCCAAUAUCGAAUAUCAACGCAACUUUACCUGGGUCAUAUUUUAACAAUAUAACGAAUCGGCAAAGCUAGCUAAAUUACUCUCCAAACUUGGGCAGUGAGUGGCAAAAAAAACCUAACCAAGCUAUUUUAAAUAUUGUAACACGACGGGAGACGAAAACAUCCACAAUUCCAGGACCACUGUCCAAGCCUCCUGGUGCUGUACAUGUAAUCGUUAACUUCAGUCUUGCAAUACAUUGCGACGACAACAAGAUGGGGGUGCGUGAGACAGUCAAGGCAGUUUUAUUCUCUCUCUACAUCUGUCAUGUUUUUGGUGGGGGUGCGUGGGAACUCACCCUGCUUCAUACCAACGAUGUCCACGCAAGAGUCGAAGAGACAAGCGUGGACUCUGGCAAAUGCACAAAUGGUGAUUGUUUUGCUGGAGUGGCAAGAAGAUUUACGAAAAUACAGGAGAUCCGAAGCCGGGAGAAAAAUGUGAUGCUGCUAGACGCAGGCGAUCAAUAUCAAGGAACUGUUUGGUUUAACGUCUAUAAAGGAGCCGAGGCUGCAUAUUUUAUGAAUAAACUUGGAUACGAUGCAAUGGCCCUGGGAAAUCAUGAGUUUGACAAUGGCGUAAAGGGACUAAUCAAGCCAUUUCUCCAGGAGGUGAAUUUCACAAUCCUCAGUGCUAACAUCAAAGCUGACAAGAACCUAGCCCCGCAGAUAAGUGGCCUUUAUUUGCCGUAUAAGAUAUUUAAUAUCAGCUCUGAGCGAGUGGGCGUGGUGGGAUACACAUCAAAGGAGACACCUGCUCUCUCACAGACAGGGCCGAAUUUAGUGUUUGAAGAUGAGAUUGAUGCCCUCCAGCCCCAGGUCAACAAACUCCUCACUUUGGGGGUCAACAAGAUAAUCGCCCUUGGUCACUCUGGCUUCAAAACAGACAAAGAAAUAGCCAAAAGGGUAAAGGGAGUGGAUGUGGUCAUCGGGGGACACAGUAACACUUUUCUGUAUACAGGAAAAAAGCCUUCCUCUGAGAUCCCAGCAGGUCCCUACCCUGUCAUAGUAAAGUCAGAGGACGGGCGGAAAGUUCCUGUGGUGCAGGCUUUUGCCUUUGGUAAAUAUCUGGGUUACCUCAAGGUGACGUUUGACGAGUCUGGAAAUGUUCACCAGUCAACAGGCAACCCCAUCCUGCUAAACAGCUCUAUACCACAGGACCCCCAAAUUCUUGCUGAAGUAAACGAGUGGAAAAAGGCCCUCGCAAAUUACUCCAACCAGUAUGUGGGGAGGACCCUGGUGUAUCUUAAUGGAACCUUUGAAGAGUGCAGGUUCCGUGAGUGCAACCUGGGUAACCUUAUAUGUGACGCUAUGGUACAUCACAACGUUAAGUAUCCAGAUGAGCUUAAGUGGAAUCAUGUCUCCUGCUGUAUCCUCCAAGGGGGAGGUAUACGCUCUUCCGUGGAUGAGCGCAGUAGAAAUGGUUCUAUCAUGAUGGAGGACCUUAUUUCGGUCAUGCCUUUCGGGGGCACCUUCGAUCUGGUUCUGCUGAAAGGGUCCACUCUGAGGAAAGUUUUUGAGCACUCCGUAAAGAGAUACGGACAAAACACCGGGGAAUUCCUUCAAGUGUCAGGAUUCCAUGUAGAGUACGAUAUGUCACGACCCCCAGAGAACCGCGCCACCAGUAUCAGCGUCCUGUGCACGGACUGCCGAGUGCCCCACUAUGAGCCUCUGGACGAUAACAAGGAGUACAAGGUGGUCAUGCCCUCUUACUUAGCAGAAGGUGGAGACGGAUACUCCAUGAUCAAAAACGGGAAGCUGAAACAUGACACCGGUGACAUGGACAUUGCGGUGUUGCAGCGCUACAUUACAGAGAGAAAGAAGGUGCAUCCAGCUGUAGAGGGACGUAUCAAGAUUUUCAACUCCGCUUCAGGACCAAGACACAUGAGCCUGUUGAUUUUACUGGGGUUUCUGAUGGCUUUGUCUGGGAGCCAAUGAGAGAUCAAGCUUGCUGAUGGAUAUAUUCCUCUCAUUUCAGCAUCGAAUGGACUUGCAACAUCCUCAAGGAUGUUGUGUAUAGAUACUUCACUAAUGCUCAGAUAUUUCUUUGUUAAUCCGGCAACUUGAUAUUACAUUUGGGACCACCCAUACAAGGUCCUGCAUACAUACAUUUUCUGAAUAGGGCAUUGGGCCACCACAAACAGCAUCACGGAAGAUAUUCUACAAGUGUCUGGAAAAUUAUUCGGAGGGAUCGUCUUUUUAAAAUUUUGCUUGGGGUUUUUUGAUCGUGGGGGAAACCCUGUCUCAGGCGCCUCUGCAAAAUCUCCAUAAGUGUUAAUUGUGAAACAAAAAGUAUUUGUCACUGGAGCUUCUGCCAAACAAGCCCAACAGUCACUAAGUCAGAGUUAUGUUACUCUAUAUUCUGAAAAGAAAAGGUUCUUGGGGGAGCCUUUAGGGCAUGGGUAUUCAACACUUUCCAUUCCAAGGUUCUGAGCCUGUUAGCUUUCUGUUUUAGCUCAUCAUUUAUUGCACCCACCUGGUGUCCCUGGUCCCUGAGUAGAUGGUUAAAAUGACAAAACAGUGGCGAGGGCCAGUAGAGUAUGAGGGGUACUUCACGAUAGGACUGUCACAAUAUCAGAAUGUUUAAGCGCAUUCAUUUUUUGUCCAUAGGUGACAUGAGAAACGGAUGGAAAAAUACUUUCAUCUAGUCAAUACAGCAUUAUCAUAUGUGUAUUAUUAUCAUGAUAUCAAUAUUUGAAUAUACUUCACACUGAAACUGAAGCAGAACCCAUACAAGUUCCCCUAUAUGUUUUUGAUGUGGUAGGCUGUUCAAGAGGUUUCUUUAUAAACAAUAAAAGAUAAUUCCUUUUAAA